AUGUCGAGAUCGGGCCAGGAUCGAUAUGCUGAUGGUCAGUUCUGGGGCGUUUUGCCCCCUGCUGCGCAUUUGCCGGAGACGUCCUCCCUGAGCUUGUCACGAUCUGUCCUGGACAACGAGCGUGAAAGUGAAAAUGCCGAGAGCAGAAACAAUGGAGACAGGGCUCAGGUUCAUUGGGACAACAACUGGCUCUGGCACACCAUAUUCGACGUUAUUGAUCCUUUGCGCAUCACAGUAAUCAGUCCAAUAGAUAUCCUUGCCUCCCUUCUAAGCCGAACCGUCGAUUUGUCGAGUAACUGGGCUUUCGACAGCACCUACUACGUUCUGUCGCUAUCACGGCCAUCUCGCAGUGCUGGACAGAAGAAAGGAUCAGAUCUGCUGCCCUCGCAGCUAUCUGGAUUGCGUGACCGCAUCCCUUGUGACUUGUUCCACAUCAGAGACUGGCCCUCACUUCUCAUCAACGAAGGUUCCUUCGCGCCUGUCUACUCCACUUACGAAUUCUUUCAUUACUCGGCAGCAACUCUCCUCCCUGCCAUCUUCGACGCUUCAGACCCUUCGUUCAGCGUCAUCUGCGAAAACCUCAAAUUGCUAUCCUACAUUGCCACGUUCCCCCUUUCGCACCACAUCUCGGACUUUCUCAUCCCGCACUGUCCACCCGUCGAGCAUCUCUUUGUUCAACUCAUGCCCAAGAACCGUGACUUUUGGGAAAGCAGUAGUCUUGCAAAGGUCAAUCUUUCCGACCUGUGGCUCGAGUGCGAUACAUCGUACGCUCUCCUCGUGCGCCAGAUGCUGGAACCUGUCCCGCAGCAGGGUUGGCAAAGGUUGAGAAUAUUUGAGACGGGCGACAAGCCAGCAGAAGGUGUCUGGAGGAUGAACACAUACGAUGCUCACAUCAAUGGCGUAAAUGGGUGGAGGGAAGAGAGCGAGGGUGUUUUCGUCAAGGAUGAUUCCUCAAGCGAGAGUCAAGAACAAGAACAAGAACAAGCCGAAGAAGAGGGGCCUUAG